AUGUCGCCGACGUUUCGCCUCUCCACUCGAGAGGAAGCCUUUCCACAAGAGCCGGAGCACUCAACUCUCUUCUCGCAGGAGGAGGCAGCACACUCCUUUCCGAGACGAGCUUUUCAGACUGGUUCCCCCCACCCCAACCCAACCCACCCGCACCCCCCGCCCCGUCUCUGUCCCAUCCACUUCUCCCGGGCCGGCGGAGUGGUUGGAGCGGGAGUGUUGCGGCGGCAGAUGUGUCGCUGGGGUCCGCGCUCAGAAGCGGCCAGUAUCCUCUUCACAGUCAUCAUCAGCAUCUACCGCUACCAGAAGCUGAGGGAUGCCAGGAGCAGGCUCAACCUCCCGAUUUACCUCGACAACAUCAGGUCAGCCUGGAUGCUGAGUGGGGUUUGUGUGAUGAUCUCCAUACUACUCGGUCUUCCCAUUUUUGCCAUUAUUCCUCAAGGCUCUGCACAGAACUUGACAAGAAACAGCAGUUGCCCUCCAGACUUCUUUCAGUGUGCUGAAAAUGACUGUCCCACGCUCAACCGCGUCUACAAAUACCUGUUCAGCCUGACGUGCCACCUGCUGCCCCUGAUCAUUGUUACAAUCACCAGCUGCCUCAUCGUCGCAGUGCUACUGAGGCAGAGGAAAAAGAGGACGGUUUGA